AUGGAGACGGAGGAUGACAAGAGGGAGGGUAACCACCGUUACCGAAUAUCUCCGCCCCAAUGUACACAAUCAAAGUACCCUCCGCGAAAAGACCCCUUGGGCUCGAGCGCGAAAGACAGAGAAGACAAGAGGGAAGAGCUCCGCAAUGCCGUCUACAAUCACUUCAUCGAUCUCAAUCCUACAGUCGGCGAAGCUACCGCACUGGCGCGUUCCAGCCAGCAGAUUCGCGCUGAGUUUGGUUCGCUCUGUCUUGCCUCCGGAAACGUGGCAAUCCCUACGGAGCUUGUCGACAGGUUCCUACGCGUUUUCUUCCCUUAUCACUUGGAUUCGGAACCGCAAGUCGUUUCUUCCACCACCAACUUGUCCUUCGACUGGUUGGAAUCGCAAAACUGGUUGAUCGGCCUGCUUAAACUGGUCACGAUCAUGCAUCGACACUCUCUACUCAAAAUCUCAUGGUUCAAAGAUAUCACCGCGAUCAUUUCCAUAUUGGAAAGCAUGGACACUCGAAAGCUCGCAAGUAUAAUAUCAGUCGAGUACGAAGUAUGCUUAUUUCCCACCAUCACCCCGAAUUGCUUUCUCCCACGCUUCAGCGCUUUCUUUUGGGUCACAAUAACGGCUGCCGCUCCGGAACUAGAUUCUUUCAGGCUCGGAUUCAGCCCCAAAUACGGGGUUAUUAAUGUACGUGUUGGUUGGGAGUAUGAUUCAAGCGGUGAAGAAGAGACUGCAGAAACCUCGGGUGACGACGAGGAUGGCUCAGAUAGUGAGGAAGAGAAACUACGCAAUACCUUCUACCACCACUUCAUCGAUCUCAGCCCAUCGACCAGCGAUGCAGCCAACCUAGCCUGCGUCAAUCAGCAAGUCCACGCUGAGUUCAAGACGCUGUAUUUGAGUCGUUUAUAUCAAGGCACAACCGGGGUUCCAUUCGAGCAUGUUCCAUUCUUCUUACACUUCUUCUUCAUUCGGUACCCCGACGCGGCUCCCAAGACCGUAAUCUACAAGUUCAAAGUAGGACUCGGAAAUCCAACGCCCAAAAGCAUUGAUUUUGAUGCUUCUCCAUGCUGGUCACUGGAUCUGCUCAAGGUCGUGUCGGUUAUGCGCAAAUACCCUUUGAUCAGAGUGGUCUGGGACAUGGGCGCGGGCAUGGGUCGCUACUCCGCCGUGUCGUUCGAUGACACAGACAUCGCCUACGCCGUUACCAACCUGAGAUAUAUGAGUGCCCGACAUUUCAGCAAGUUGUCUUCCAUCAGGCUCACUCUGUCCGAAUCGCCUAAAGAAUCACACAGCUUCCAGCCAUUUCGGGUCGUGACUGGCCUCGCCCUAGACGCUAGCCUUUCGAUCAAGUCGAAGAUGGGCGUGACAGAAGAUUUUUUUGAUGAGUUUGAUACCAAUUCCGGAGGCAUCGAUAUAGAGCUUGCGUUGGAGAACAGUGGGGACAGUGAUGAGGAUAGUUCAGAUGGCGAGGAAGACGAUCCAGUUAACGGUCACGAAGCCUCAGAGAGCGAAUAUCAGACAGAGCUACGCAACGCGAUCUACGAGCACUUCAUCGAUCUCAACACAUGCGCGUGUGACACCAACGCCAUUAACCUACUGUGGGUCAACCGGCAAAUCCGCGCCGAGUUCAGAUCGCUGUACUUCAGUCAGGGCAAUGCCGCAGUUUACUUCGACGACGUCGCAAGCUUCCUACGCGCCUUCAUCCUCCCUUCUAGAACCUUAGUGCUUGACGACGUUGCUUGUAAGAUUCGCGUGGAGCUCGGCAGCGGGAAUCACGACCCCACAAACUGGGUGUUCAACCUGGUGGACGUCAUCUCGACUAUGCGAAAGUAUCCUCUGCUCAACAUCAGAUGGAACUUGGUCCCGCCCGGCCACUCCCAGCCUGACAACGAUUUAGGUUUCGCUACUCAAGUGUCUCUUCUAAAGGAUAUGGAGGAUCGUGAGUUUGAGAAGGUAUCUUCCGUAUGGCUUCAUAUUGGUGCGGUACCGUACGUGGACGGAGAUAUUCACAUCAUACUGAAGCAUGGCUGUACGGAACAAGAUACCGACGAUAUCCAUCUCAAAAUUGGAGGGCGUAAGUACAAGUGCGGAGGUAUACGAUUGAAUUUGGACUGGCAGCCGUACACCGAAGCGCACACGAUGUCUCGGGAGUAA